AUGCGACGCUCUACGCGCGACUUGGAUAGGAAAGCUGACUGCCGGAAAGGGGUCGAGCUGGGAGCGAGCAGCCUUGGGAGGCUGGAUUCACAAGAAGGCUGCAAAUGCGCAGCGAAGGCUGCAUAUAAGCAGCGACGAGGAGUGAGGUGCAUGCAACGACGACAAGUGGGGUGCAGAGAAUCGGUUCUCGCAUCCCCUCCCCACCCUCUCAUCCCCUCCCCACCCUCUCAUUCCCUCCCCACCCUCUCAUUCCCUCCCCACCCUCUCAUUCCCUCCCCACCCUCUCAUCCCCUCCCACCCUCUCAUUCCCUCCCCACCCUCUCAUUCCCUCCCCACCCUCUCAUUCCCUUCCCACCCUCUCAUUCCCUCCCCACCCUCUCAUCCCCUCCCCACCCUCUCAUUCCCUCCCCACCCUCUCAUCCCCUCCCCACCCUCUCAUUCCCUCCCCACCCUCUCAUUCCCUCCCCACCCUCUCAUUCCCUCCCCACCCUCUCAUCCCCUCCCACCCUCUCAUUCCCUCCCCACCCUCUCAUUCCCUCCCCACCCUCUCAUUCCCUUCCCACCCUCUCAUUCCCUCCCCACCCUCUCAUCCCCUCCCCACCCUCUCAUUCCCUCCCCACCCUCUCAUCCCCUCCCCACCCUCUCAUUCCCUCCCCACCCUCUCAUUCCCUCCCCACCCUCUCAUUCCCUCCCCACCCUCUCAUUCCCUUCCCACCCUCUCAUUCCCUCCCCGCCCUCUCAUUCUCUCCCCACCCUCUCAUCCCCUCCCCACCCUCUCAUCCCCUCCCCACCCUCUCAUUCCCUCCCCACCCUCUCAUUCCCUCCCCACCCUCUCAUUCCCUCGCCACCCUCUCAUCCCCUCCCCACCCUCUCAUUCCCUCCCCACCCUCUCAUUCCCUCCCCACCCUCUCAUUCCCUUCCCACCCUCUCAUUCCCUCCCCACCCUCUCAUUCCCUUCCCACCCUCUCAUCCCCUCCCCACCCUCUCAUUCCCUCCCCACCCUCUCAUUCCCUCCCCACCCUCUCAUCCCCUCCCCAUCCUCUCCUCCCCUCCCCACCCUCUCAUUCCCUCCCCACCCUCUCAUCCUCUCCCCACCCUCUCCUCCCCUCUCCACCCUCUCAUUCCCUCCCCACCCUCUCAUUCCCUCCCCGCCCUCUCAUUCCCUCCCCACCCUCUCAUCCCCUCCCCACCCUCUCAUCCCCUCCCCACCCUCUCAUUCCCUCCCCACCCUCUCAUCCCCUCCCCAUCCUCUCCUCCCCUCCCCACCCUCUCAUUCCCUCCCCACCCUCUCAUUCCCUUCCCACCCUCUCAUCCCCUCCCCACCCUCUCAUCCCCUCCCCACCCUCUCAUCCCCUCCCCACCCUCUCAUUCCCUCCCCACCCUCUCAUUCCCUCCCCACCCUCUCAUUCCCUCCCCACCCUCUCAUUCCCUCCCCACCCUCUCAUCCCCUCCCCACCCUCUCAUCCCCUCCCCCCCCCCCUCAUCCCCUCCCCACCCUCUCAUUCCCUCCCCACCCUCGCAUUCCCUCCCCACCCUCUCAUUCCCUCCCCACCCUCUCAUUCCCUCCACACCCUCUCAUUCCCUCCCCACCCUCUCGUUCCCUCCCCACCCUCUCAUCCCCUCCCCACCCUCUCAUCCCCUCCCCACCCUCUCAUUCCCUCCCCACCCUCUCAUUCCCUCCCCACCCUCUCAUCCCUUCCCACCCUCUCAUUCCCUCCCCACCCUCUCAUUCCCUCCCCGCCCUCUCAUUCCCUCCCCAACCUCUCAUCCCCUCCCCACCCUCUCAUUCCCUCCCCACCCUCUCAUUCCCUCCCCACCCUCUCAUUCCCUCCCCACCCUCUCAUUCCCUUCCCACCCUCUCAUUCCCUCCCCGCCCUCUCAUUCUCUCCCCACCCUCUCAUCCCCUCCCCACCCUCUCAUCCCCUCCCCACCCUCUCAUCCCCUCCCCACCCUCUCAUCCCCUCCCCACCCUCUCAUCCCCUCCCCACCCUCUCAUCCCCUCCCCACCCUCUCCUCCCCUCCCCACCCUCUCAUCCCCUCCCUAUCGCGGCAAUUUCUACGACGCGGCUAAGACUUCCUUAUCGGGCUCCAGCCGCCACGUGUCAGCUGCUGAUAGGUCCAUCAUCUUCUGCUGGUGGGACAUGA